AAAGAUGGAUAUUUUACUUAUUUAGUGAUAUACCAAAAUAUAUUCUCUAAUAAUCUAAAAUCUUUUAUAUUUUAAAUUUCCCACCAAAUCUUCAGUGAAGGGAAGAAAUCAAUAGGUCAAAGUCCAAUUUGUUGAUAUAAUCAAUCCGGCCGGUCAGAGCCCUGCAGGCAGGUGAAUGUACUAACAUUAUUUUAUUGCUGUGGUAAUUUUAAGUUGAGGAAUAGAUCCUGCUUGGAAAUAGCCAUGGCUUCUAACAGCUGUAUACACAGAGUUUUUCGGUCAAGUCGAUCACUGCUUAAUUUGGCAAAAAGGAAUAAAGAUAACAGGACUGGUGUGGAGACAAGUGUGAAGAGCUUCAGUACAUCAGACCAAAGAAAAGUCCACAGAAGUAUUAUACCAGAUAUAGAUAUCCCCAACUGUUCUCUUACAGACUUCUUGUUUCCAAGAUUUGACAAAUUCAGUAAAAAUGUUGCCAUGGUAGAAUCUACCACUCAGAAAUCCUAUACCUAUUCAGAACUGAAAGAGAACGCUAUAAAAGUAGCAAGUGCUUUAACCAGAAUGGGAUACAAGAAGGGAGAUGUUUUAGCCAUAUAUUCUACAAACAGCCCUGAAUUUACCAUGGUAAUGUUAGGUGCAGCAGCUGCAGGCAUUAUUGUCACAACAAUGAAUCCAGCCUACACGUCAGGAGAAUUAGCUAGACAUUUAGAACAUUCAGGAGCUAGCAGUUUAUUUACAAUUCCUCCAUUAGUUGGGACUGUUAAAGAUGCAUUAGAAACUGACAAAGUUCUCAACAGUAUUAUUAAGAACAUAGUAGUGUUUGGAUCAGCAGACGGUCACAGACCAUUCUCGACCUUGUUAGAGGAUGAUGGUAAAGCCUUCCCAGAGAACAUCAAUAUUGAUCCAAUGGAGGACGUUGUGGUUCUGCCUUACUCCAGUGGUACUACUGGUCUACCUAAAGGUGUUAUGUUGACACACAGUAAUAUAGUUUCCAAUCUGUUACAGUUCAGACCAUUAAUUAGUGUAAAUGAAGAAGAUACAUGUUUGGGAGUUCUACCAUUCUUCCAUAUCUAUGGUUUGUCGCCAGUAAUGAUGGGAGUUCUUCAGGAUGGUGGGAAACUUGUUACACAACCAAGAUUUGACCCGGAAAUGUUUCUUAAAGCUUUACAAGGUUACAAGGUAACACAAGCACAUUUGGUACCACCCAUUAUACUGUUUUUAGCCAAGCAUCCUGUUGUGAGCAAGUUUGAUUUGUCCAGUAUUACCAAGUUAAUUAGUGGAGCAGCACCUCUGGGAGAUUCCCUGACAGAAGAGAUUAUGGAGCGGCUCAAAGCACCAGUAUGUCAGGGCUAUGGAAUGACAGAGACCAGUCCAGUUAUCCAUGUUGAUACAGUGCCAAAUACCAAAGGAUCUGUGGGAAAAGUAGUCCCAAAUACACUUUGUAAAAUUGUCUGUCCAGAUACAGGCACCCAGUUAGAUAAAGUAGGAGAAGUCGGUGAAAUGUGUGUUAAAGGGCCACAAGUUAUGAAAGGCUACCUGCAUAAUCUAACAGCUACAGAAGAAAUUAUAAGAGAUGGAUGGCUUCAUACAGGAGAUAUUGGUUAUGUGAAGGAGAAUGGAAGUUUUGUAAUAACAGACAGACUGAAAGAAUUGAUUAAAUACAAGGGUUAUCAAGUUGCCCCAGCAGAGUUAGAAGAUUUACUCCUGACCCAUCCAGCAGUACAAGAUGUAGCAGUGAUAGGUAUGCCUGAUGAUGAAGCUGGAGAGGUACCUAGAGCUUAUAUUGUUAAAAAACCAAACUCUGAUGCAUCAGCUGGAGAGAUAUCUCAAUAUGUAGAAGAUAAUGUUGCUUUUUAUAAGAAGCUACGAGGAGGAGUCCAGUUCAUUGAUCUUAUUCCUAAAGCACCAAGUGGUAAAAUAUUGAGGAGAAUUUUGAAAGAGUCCCUAACUCAAGAUUAAAACAAAACAUACAGCGAAGCCCUAAAUCCUUCUAAAUUUGAUACUUCUCAACUAUGCAGUUCAUGUACAUGAUAGGGUUAUCACAGAUAAUCUUGCAGCAGGAUAAUUGUGAGAUGGAUAAAUUUAGUGACAUCUGUGGAUGCCCUUUGAUUUUUUUAGCUAAAUUAAAUAUCUAUGUCAUAAUAUGUCAUAUUUUUAGCAUACUACAAUGGAGCCAUAUAAAUUAUCAUAAGACAAGGACAUACUGUAAACCAGCUAAUUUUCGCUAGUGAAUAAUUUUCGCGACUUUCUCGAGUAAAAAAAUAACACAAAUUGUCAUGAAUACGUGAAACUUUGAUCUACCAUUAUAAAAAAAUAUCAAGAAAAUGAGAAGAUCAUAAAAAUAAAUCGAUUGAAGUUGGUUAGACAGUACUUAACGCGAAAUAAAGUAUACACGAAAAUAAGUUUGUUAACAGUAAUCUGCAUACUUAACUCAUAUGUCAUUAGUUUACUUAUAAGUUUCACAUAGACUCAAGUGUUGCCAGAUUUUCAGAUUUUUUUUCUUAAUCAUAGAAUUACAGUUGUAUUGUGAUUGUGAUAAUGUUCAUUGCAAAUAAAUUUUAUUGAUAUUUUACCCCCUAAAUAAUAUAUGGUAUUUAAGCAAUUUUUUUUAUUUUGCAGCAUAAUUGAACUGAUAUUUUACAAAUAAUUUUUAGUUGAAAUUAAAAAUGGCAGCAAAUUAUAUUAAUAAAUAUUGUUUUUCAUACAUAUAUAUUUUUACAUUUCUGAUCAAAUCAGGGUUUUUAUUUGGCAAAUAAUAUGCAUGUUGUCAUUUUUUUCCUCAUAGCUAGUAUGGCAUUAUUUUUAUGAAUUAGUUAUUUUAUGUUACUUUCAGUUUAAUUUAUCUUUAUUUCAUCUUUUUGAUGUUAUCAUUCCUAAGGUCAUGUGACCUCCAACUGAUGUCAUCUGUACUAAGGUCAUGUGAUGUCCAAUUGAUAUUAUCUGUACUAAGGUCAAUUGACCUCCAAUUAGUGUCAUCUGUACUAAGGUCAUGUGACCCCCAAUUGUCGUUGUCUGCACUAAGGUCAAGUCAAGGUUAUUAUCUGACAACAUUUGGUUAUCAUUUGUUUCUUGACAUCUUCAAUUCAUAACUCAAAGCUGAAAUGUUUCAAGUCUUACUUUGGAAAAGCAUUGAACAACUCGAAAGAAAAUUUGUUCUUUUUUUUACAACAUUGAACUUUUAUAUAAACACUUAUCUUAAACUAUCUUCAAAAGUCAAAUUUUAUUAUGCAUUGUACAUUCUUUACUAAUUGGAAUCUAGAAUCCAUCGGGACCCCCUUCCCCAAAAUGUUUUAAAAGUAUUAUGAUCUUUAUCUGUUCUAUGCCAAAAUUUUUAGUUUAGAGAAAAUCUUAUUGCUUUACAAAGUGACCCCAGAGGUGGUCAUUUAUAAACAAAUCUACCAUCAAGAUUUUUGGAUUUUUCAAUUCUAAAAGUCAUGCAUCAUGAUUUGAAGCUUUGAUUCACAUAUAUAUUUUCGAUGAAGGCAAAAAAAAAUACAAAUAUUAUUGUGGACCAAAAAUUGACUUAAAACUUAGGACACAUGUUCUUCAUAGUGUAUUUUUUUUAGAAAUAUAUGCUAAAUUAGGGUUGUGACUCACAUUUUGCAGUUCACUGACCAUCGAAAAACCUUAAAACUACCACCUUAAAAACAUAUUUCUGUUAUAUAUAUAUACUAAGGCCAAUGGAUUCUACUACAUUGAAAUGCAAAUGGUUGCUGCCAUGUGAUGCAUUUUUUAUAGUUCUUUUUUUAGUUUUUACUAGCCAAAAUGUUAAUGCGAUGUAUAAUACUGUAUGAUAGCAUAUAAGAUAUGUUUAAUGUUUUACCUACCUUUUAAUGAACACUAUUAACUUUAUAUAGACUGUAAACACAAUGCAAAAUUUACGUUGUCUUACAUGACAUUAAAUAUAAUUAUUUA